AUGAAAUGUGUUCUUAUCAUUCACAUAAUAUUGCCUGUGUUUCUCUUCUGGGGUUUUGCUUUUGGUAAGGAGUGUACAAACAAAAUACUUCCUGGAUUUGAUUCACAGGCUCCAAGAGCUAGGCUGGUAACAAAUGAAACCUGGAAACAAGAGAUGUUAUCUCAGUACCAGUUGAAUCCAACGAAUGCCUCGGUUGGAGCAAAUGAUGGUAGCUGGGAAUCGAUGUAUAAGAAGAUGAAAAAUCCUGGUGAGUUUAAGUUGCCUGCAGGAUUUCUCCAGGAAGUGUCAUUGCAUGAUGUGAGGUUGGGUCCGAAUUCAUUGCAUUGGAGGGCACAAGAAACGAAUUUGGAGUAUUUGUUGAUGCUGGAGGUUGAUAGAUUGGUUUGGAGCUUCAGGAAAACUGCUGAUUUGCCAACUCCAGGGAUUCCAUAUGGAGGCUGGGAGAAUAGUACCAAUGAUCUCAGAGGUCAUUUUGUAGGACAUUACUUGAGUGCUUCAGCACUAAUGUGGGCAAGCACUCACAAUGAAACUCUCAAAGAAAAAAUGUCGGCACUGAUGUCUGCUCUAUCCGACUGUCAGAAAAAAAUUGGUUCCGGUUAUCUUUCUGCUUUCCCAUCUGACCAAUUUGAUCGCCUUGAAAAUUUAGAAUUUAAAGUCUGGGCUCCGUACUACACCAUGCACAAGAUUAUGACCGGCUUGUUGGAUCAAUAUACAUAUGCUCAUAAUACUCCAGCCUUAAACAUGACCAUAUGGAUGGCAGAGUAUUUUACUAACCGUGUUCAGAAUGUUAUAAGAAAAUAUAGUUUGGAAAGGCAUUAUCAAACGCUUAAUGAAGAAAGUGGUGGCAUGAAUGAUGUACUUUACAGGUUGUACAACAUUACGAGGGACAAAAAGCAUUUCAUAUUGGCUCGACUCUUUGACAAACCAUGCUUUUUAGGACCGCUUGCAAUGCAGGAUGAUUUCCUAUCUGGUUUCCAUGCCAAUACACAUAUUGCUCUUGUUGUUGGAACGCAAAGGCGAUAUGAAAUCACUGGUGAUGCUGUUUCCAAGACAAUAGGGACUUUCUUCUUGGACAUUGUUAAUUCUUCUCACAGUUAUGCAACAGGAGGAACAUCAGCCAUGGAAUUUUGGCAAGAUCCAAUGCGGCUAGCAACCACUCUAAGUCCAGAGAACGAAGAGUCAUGUACAACUUAUAACAUGCUCAAGGUGUCUCGCUAUCUGCUUAAAUGGACAAAAUCAGUGGCAUAUGCAGAUUAUUAUGAGCGUGCACUGACAAAUGGCGUGUUUAGCAUCCAACGCGGAACGGAUCCUGGAAUUAUGAUUUAUACACUUCCCCUAGGCGCUGGAACUUCCAAGGCCAAUAGUCAUUAUGGUUGGGGAACAAAAUUUGACACUUUCUGGUGCUGUUAUGGAACAGGAAUUGAAUCAUUCUCCAAAUUAGGGGAUUCAAUAUAUUAUGAAGAGGGAGGGAAUGUUCCUGCUCUCUACAUUGUGCAAUAUGUAUCAAGCUCGUUUAAUUGGAAAUCAGGACGGUUUGUGCUACAUCAAACUGUUGAUCCUGUUGUUUCUUGGGAUUCUUACCUUCGAUUGACGAUAACAUUCUCUUCAACCGAGGAGGCAGUAAAAUCAACCUUGAACUUUCGGAUACCAAGUUGGACAUUUUCAACUGGUAUCAAGGCAACAUUAAACAACGAGAAUUUGACUGUACCAGCUCCAGGUAAUUAUCUUUCUGUUACAAGAAAAUGGAGCUCCAGUGACAAAUUAACCCUUCAGCUUCCCAUCUAUCUUUGGACAGAGGCCAUUAAAGAUGAUCGGCCUCAAUUUGCUACGCUUCAAGCAAUACUCUAUGGUCCUUAUUUGCUUGCCGGUUAUUCUAGUGGAGAUUGGGAAAUGAACAAUAAACCAGCUAAAUCUCUUUCAGAAUGGAUAAUUCCAGUUCCUGCUUCAUACAAUAGCAACGUGGUUACCCUUUCCCAAGUCUCCGGAAAUACAACUAUCGUCUUGACGAACAACCAGUCGGUUACAAUGGAAAAGCUCCCGGUACCAGGCACUAAUGCUUCUGUUUAUGCCACUUUUAGACUCAUCUUUAACAAUGCAACUUCCUCAGCAUUUUCGUCAGUCAAAGAUGUUAUCGGCAAAUCUGUCAGUCUAGAGCCGUUUGAUCUACCAGGAAUGUUACUGCAGCUAGGACCAGAUGAAAAACUUGUGGCCUCCAAUUCUCCUGGAAAUGGUAGCUCUUCCGUUUUCCAGUUGGUUGCUGGAUUGGAUGGGAAACCUGAAACAGUAUCACUGGAGUUGGAAAGCCGAAAGGGCUGCUUUGUGUAUAGCGGUGUGAACUUUAACUCGUGUGCAAUCCUCAAACUCAGCUGCAACAAGUCAGAGCCUGGAUUUAACCAGGCAGCUAGCUUUGAAAUGGGAAAAGGGAUGAGUGAGUAUCAUCCUAUCAGCUUUGUGGCAAAAGGGAGGAGGAAUUUUCUUCUUGCUCCGAUUUUCAGCUUCCGAGAUGAGUCGUACACUGUUUAUUUCAAAAUUAAACCUUGA